AUGCCUGCAUCAGAUAAUAAUCGUUCAACAGUUUUUGUUAUAACUGGUGUAGGUACUUCUACAGCGAGUCGUAAAACUCAAGCUGAUGAUAGUAAUAAGGAUAAAGAUGAAGAAAAUGAAGAUAAUUCUUCACGAUUAUCACCAAAUCGUCGUAAUCGAUAUUCUUCAUAUGGGUCAUCACCAACAAAUUAUCGAGGUCGAAUACGUCGGCCAUCAUCAUAUGAAGAUUUAAAUUCAAAUGAUUGGUCUACAGUUGAUUAUAGACUUGGUAAUCCAUUAUUAAAUUAUCCUGGAUCAUUACCACCUGUUAGUGGUCCUAUUGACCAUAGUCUCUAUUCAAAUAAUGAACCAACUUGUUAUCGAUUACUUGAUCCACAAUAUCCAUUAUUUUCGGAUCUUUGCGGUGCUGUACCACAAGCUCGAUAUUCUUUACCAAAUUCAUUUGGUCAUUUUGAACGAUGGCAAAUAACACAAGUUUUAAAUACUAUGCUUGGUACAUCGACACCAACAUCAACAAAUCCAACAUGUGCUCGUUCAUUACGUCUUUUAAUAUGUCCAUUACUUUUUCCACCAUGUCCAUCACGACAUGAACCUCCACCAGUUGUUCCUUGUCAACCAUUUUGUCGAGCUGUUAAAAGUCAAUGUUCAGCACCUUCACUUGAUCUUCUACCUUGUGAUUUUCUUCCACCUACAUCUGAUCUUUGUCCAGUUAAUCCAGCACCGUAUAGUUCACUUCUCUCGUCAUAUUCCCAACCAUUGUCAUUAGCCGGUGGCGCAAUACCAUCAACAAUGCCACAAUCUCCACUUUCAGCUUAUUUAGCACAAUCAGCUCUUCAAUUAGCAUUAUCACAACCAACUUAUGCAUCACAAAUGUCACCAUCAGGUGUACCACAAACUGCCGUACCUUCAGUAUUACCACAAUCAAGUGUACCAGCAGUUGGUUUCCCUUCAAUGGUACCAUCAGCAUUUAUAAAUCCAACAGCAAGAACAUCGUUAGUAGCUCCAUUUCCUUUUUAUCAACAGUUCAAUACACAACGACAAAUGGCUGAUACAAUAACUCCAGUCUUAGUUAAUUUUCCACCUCUUCAAUAUGCAGCUUAUAAUGGACAAGUACCACGAUUUUUUCCAGCAUUACGUUCAGGAACAACACAAGCAGCUUAA